AAAAAGGCAUUGACCCACAACAGAGAAACAUCAGUGCGAUACAUGAAUUAUGUGUUAUUAAUAAGCUGCCAUUUAAAUCAACGCCAGAAAAGAGCCGUCUAGACGUUUACAGGACCGGCAAGGAUGCCUUCUUCGCAUAAAUUUGGAUCUGUAGCACAACUUCCUGACAUCCUGAAACAAUAUACUAAAGACUGCAUUAGAGCUCAGCCUGCUGAUAUAAUCCAAUGGUCUACAGAUUAUUUUCGUAAUCUUACAAAUGGAGGAUACCGUCCAGGAAAAUCAAGAGAAGAACGAUCAUCAUCUCUACCUCCCUGCAAACCAACACUUACACCUGGUUUAUUACGGGCCUUACAUGCACAAGUAAAUGGAAGAUUAAUUGUACAAUCAAAAGAGAUUGAACAAAAAUGGAAUGAUCUUGGUCUGCCACCGGACAUUCUAAGACGCAUAAUGACUGUGGGUGGCUUUGGCGUGGAGAUUGAAUGGAUGAAAUUCUUUGCGUUGGGUUGCAGCAUUCUUGAUCCUAAUAUUACAAACGCCAUGAAGUAUGCCUUUGAAAUUUUAAGCUCAAGUGAAGAUGGUGGUCGAAUCCCUUACACUACAUUUAGAUUCCUCUACAGUUACCUUGCCAUGAUAGAUGGUGAAAUUCAUCGAUCACAGAUUGAGAAAAUGCUGAACAACAUUGAGCGGCAAGUUGCUGAAAAUGAUGGACUUGUCAGAGUGAGCGAUUUCACCAACUGCUGACUGCACAAGUAAUAUAUCAUCCAGC